AUGAGAUUUUUACGCAUCGAUAAUUUGUCAUAUCUAAUAGAAGUUUCACCAACUCAAGUACACGAACUUAAAAUCAUCACACUACAAGAAAAACUUGCUAAUAAAAGCUACAAGAGAACCCCAAAUCCGUAUCUCAUUUUCAGAAGUGAUGUCCAACGUUCGCUUAAAUGUACUGUUGGAAAGGCCUCAUCUGUGAGUCGCGAAUGUUGGAAAACGGCCGAUGCUGUUCUUAAAAAGCAUUACACAGACAUAUAUGAGGGACUUGCAGACGAAAAACCUAAUAAUUAUGAAUUUAAAAUAUAUAAUCCGCAAAGCCCAAAAAAAAGUUCAAAAAAAUUGAAGGAACUUAAAUCUCCUACACCAAAACAUUUAAACAAGAGAAAAGACACCGUCGACCCUUGUUCUUCUACUCCGUCAGAUGCGUUAGCCGAUAGCCAGCUUGGAUUACAUUCCAGUUCAGUAGAUACUAAUGGCGAGGGUACUACCAACAUUCGACCUCCGUCAACACAAUGCUUAAAUACUACCGACUCUAGUCCUGCCCCGCUAGAUACGUUAUCCGAUCACCAAUUUGGAUGUAAUUACAAUUCAGGAAAUUUUUUUGACGAGGGCAUUCGCGCCCCAACAAUUCUUUUGGCACAACAUUUAAACAACCAAGAUAGCAACUUUUGUCCUCCCACGCCAUCAGAUGAAGUGAGGACGUUACCCGAUUUCCUAUUCGAAUCGGCCAAACUUACUGAUGAGGAGAAUUUAUACUUACCACAGAUGAUUGCACUUGCACCGAUACCGAUAGACGAAAACAUUGGUUCACAUUCAACGGUCGG